GGGUUUGGCAUUAUCGCGAAACAUCGCGCCGUGCAUCGCGUUGUUUCUGGUAGUCUCACACCCCAGGACAAAUUGUUCGAAUUCCGAAGGAGAGUCGCGCGAGUCGCUUCGCGUUAUCUCCCGCUGCGAUCAGCGCGUCAGCGCGCUCGUGUACCUUCGAAAACUGAACGUCUCCUCUCGUUCAGUCGCGAACCCAACCAGAGACCAAACCGGACACGGCUCAACCAAUCGGUCGUUUGCGCUGAUCGCAUUCAUCGUGCGCCUUGAUCGCGCUUUUGUAUUUUCGUCGCGCUUGGUCGUGCUCAAACCUCGAUCGUGCCAUCCCUUCCGUUGCGUCUCGUUCUAACCUCAAUUUUCCAUCUCAUCCUCCCUCCCUCUUUUACUCGCGCGCGCGCGCGCGCGCGCGCGCUUCCUCUCGGCUUCCUCUCUCAAUCGCACGCAGCCCCUUCUCCUCACGACCAUUUUCCUGUCGCGUACGUACGUACCGCCGCCGCGCCAUCGGUUCCUCCGUCCCUUCCUGCCGCGCGCUCGUUCAACUCCUCCUCUCUCUCUCUCCCUCUCUCUCUCUCUCCCUCUCUCUCCCUCUCUCUCCCCUCCCUCCUCCUCCUCCUCCUCCUUCCUCCCUUCUGUAAAUCGACUAGUGUAUCGUUGCACGAUUUUACGUGCUCCCGUGUGCGUUACGAAUUGCUUCAAGAUCCAGGAUGCAAGCUAUCAAGUGCGUGGUCGUCGGCGACGGAGCGGUUGGUAAAACAUGUUUGCUGAUAAGCUACACUACCAAUGCAUUUCCUGGGGAAUACAUUCCAACAGUAUUCGACAAUUAUUCCGCGAAUGUAAUGGUCGAUGGAAAGCCGAUUAAUCUCGGCUUGUGGGACACAGCAGGACAGGAGGAUUACGACAGACUACGACCGUUGUCUUAUCCACAAACUGAUGUUUUCUUGAUCUGCUUCUCGUUGGUAAACCCGGCGAGUUUUGAAAAUGUUCGUGCCAAGUGGUAUCCCGAAGUACGUCAUCAUUGUCCUGCUACUCCGAUUAUUUUGGUUGGUACCAAGCUAGAUCUGCGCGAAGAUAAGGAGACUAUUGAGCGUUUAAAAGACAAGAAACUGGCUCCCAUUACUUACCCUCAGGGCUUGGCGAUGGCGAAAGAAAUCGGUGCUGUCAAAUAUUUGGAAUGUUCAGCUUUGACACAGAAAGGUUUGAAGACUGUAUUCGAUGAAGCGAUACGUGCUGUAUUGUGCCCUGUUCUGCAAGUGAAGCCAAAGCGCAGAUGUUUCCUUCUAUAAUAUUAAAUGUAACCCUUAUGCACGAUGGUACCGGGAUGUGUUAAAGUGCAUCGUCUCAUCUUCUCAGUGUACCAAGCUUGAAUCAGGACGUUACCGACAUCAGAACCCCGUUGUACAGCCUACAUCAGCAUCAAUAGGCUGCAAAUAUCUGCCAGCAUAAGCGCACAAACAUCAGUUUGGUGUAUUUUUCAGCAAGCGAAACAAGGAAGAGUUUGAGAAUUAUUAAUAAUUCAUAAUAUAAAUUUCCUCUUGCAAUUCAGCAUUUUGAAGGAAAUAAUUGUGGAGGUUUUGUGCUGUCUAUGCAAACAAAGCUUCCGUUUUAGACUUGAAUCACGAUACUAUAAUAUAGGGCUAUAAAUUGCAAUCUGACUGGAUGUUUUAAGCGAAAAGUGUAAAAGAAGCCAAAAUAUCUGAAUUAACGCUGUACAGAGUAUAUUAGAGAGAGAGAGAGAGAGAGAGAGAGAGAGAGAGAGAGAGAGAGAGAGAGAAAGAGAGAGAGAGAGAGAGAGAGAGAGAGAGAGAGAGAGAGAGAGAGAGAACGUGCGCACGUGUGUCUGUGUGUGUGUGUGUGUGUGUGUGAGAAAGAGAAAGUACAAGUGUGAGAGCGUGAAAGAAAAUGUUAUAAUUAAUAAUGUAUGGUAAAAAAGAAACAAAUAUUACUAUGUAAUUGUAUAAGCGUCCAAACAUUGUAUUGUAUACUGAUCAGUCAAAUCAAAGAGGAAAACCAUUUUAUGCUAUUUGCCAUUGUACAUUUUAGGUAGGACGUACGUAGUUAACGCAUUAAAAAAAAAACUAAUUUUCCUUAUUGCGAUAUUUCCAUAUGUAUCAAGAUAUAAAGAGGCAGAGAGAAAGAGAGAGAAAAUAUUUUUUAGAAGUAUGCAUAGUACUUGGCUGAUCUGUUUGGACGAUAUUCAUCUAGAUGUUCAUUAAAUGUGAAUGCUGAUAACUAUACGCGUGUAUGCGCGGUUAUACAUACACAUACAUAUACAUGCUACAUGUUAUACAUAAACAUUUCUUCAUGUACUUAGAACAACAGUAUAUACUUUCUCAAUUCAGUAUAUUCGAUAUUUGUUACAAAUUUUUACGUUAUAUUUCCACAAACAAAAUCUGUUGGGCUUUAAAAUAUAGAUCUAAAAAGUCAGAUCGUCAAUGUGUUAGGUUUAUUUAAAAAGAAUUGUACAUAAAAAUAAUUUCUUCGUGAAAUACAAGGAUAGUGGGUCGAGAGUGGCAUGAUGAAUAUUCGAAUGCCAUUCGAUGAUGUAAUGUGCACGUCCGAUAUUUAAAUUCUGUUUGUACACCGUUUAUCAAAAGCAAUUUUAUCAUGAGCUCAUCAUAUGGUUCUGCAAUGACGCAAGCGGUAACAGCGGAAACAGCAGCAGCCGCACAUAACAUGGCUUCCUUCUUUCACUAAAUUUGUUAACACUAUCGAACAUAUACCGUAAUUUUUAAAUAGCUAACUAACAAUUUUAUGUAUGAUAUAUAUAUAUGUGUGUGUGUGUGUGUGUGUGUGUGUGUGUGUGUAAUCACAUAAAUAUCAAAUCAAGUUUAACGAUUCCUCUGCUUCAUCGCAUCUUUCAUGUUGCAAGGGAUUUACAACACAAGAUGCCUGUGAUUAGCAUGCAUAAAACAUGUUCUCUCACUAAAACUAUCGUGUCACAGAACCAAGUAUUGUCACAUUUAAGAAAACUGGAUAUUGCUAUUGAAGCAGAGGACGACACAGAUGCUUAUGUGUGUGAAAGAAUCAGAGAGUGUUGGCAAUGUGGAUGAAAGAAAAAGACAGAUCGGGAAAAGUGAGUGAACGGGUGAGAGAAUGAAUAAAUGCGUAUUGGUAGUACGAGUAUAUAGAUAAUGAGAGAGAAUAUCCUAUAGUGUUAACAAAUGUA